CCAUCUCACACGAUCGAAGAAGCGCGACGGAAGGCCAAGAUUUCGAGAGUUUUGCAGGCGGGCCACGAGUGAGAGUAGGAGUACGAGAUCUCGAGAGCACACGGGCCGCUGGACGGGAGGCGCAUGCAAAGGGCCGUGCACCGCAUCGCAGGCAGGCUCGUUGGUGGACCGGCGGCGCGACGCACGAUGGCGUCCCUUUCCCCCUCAGCCUCGAUGGCAGCGGCAGGUACGACUGAGACCCGGACUCCACGACUCACACGGCUGGCGGUGCCGGCGAGCGUCGAGCGGCUGCCGCGGCUCGAGCCCGGGAGCGCCGCCGCCGAGGCGUUUGUGCAGCAGACGGCCGCCGAUCCGAGCGGGUUCCUCGACGGCCUCCGGGACCAAUUCACGCUGCGGCUGCCCCUCGUGGGCCUGCGCAUCGCUGGGCGGCAGGCGACGCGGAUCCAGGCAGAGCCGGCGAUCAAGGGCGCGGUGCUGCGGCUGCCCAAGGUCAAGCACCUGCUGCCCGACGACGCGGGCGAUGCGUCGCGGCGCAUUCUCCUGCUGAAUGUCGCCGCCGUCGACGAUCUCGACGAGCGGGCGCGGCACUUUCUGGAAGAGGCCGCUGCUGCCAGAGAAGAAGAAGAAGGCCACGCCCAGCCCACGCAGCAGCACCUCACCGUCGACUACGGCCACUGGACGGCCGACGAGGUGCUGGGCGCGCUGCUGCCGCUCGGCCUGCCCGAGGGCACGCCCACCGCCUUUACCUCGACGGGCCACAUUGCGCACCUGAACCUGCGCGCCGACUACCUGCCGUACCGCCACGUGAUCGGGCAGGUGAUCCUGGACAAGAAUGCCCGCAUGGUGCGCACCGUCGUCAACAAGCUCGACACCAUCGAUGCCGAGUUUCGCUUCUUUGCCAUGGAGCGCCUCGCAGGUGCCGACGACUAUGCCGUCGUCCUGUCCGAGGGCGGCUGCUCGUUUGCGUUUGACUUUCGCACCGUGUACUGGAACUCGCGGCUACACGCCGAGCACGCACGCCUCGUGGCGCGCUUUGCGCCCUACGCCGUCGUCUGCGACGUCAUGGCCGGCGUCGGGCCAUUUGCCGUGCCCGCCGCACGUAAAGGCUGCUGGGUGCUCGCCAACGACCUCAACCCCGCGAGCCACGCGGCGCUGUGUGCCAAUGCCGCGCGCAACCACGUCGCGGCCAAUGUGCGGCCGGCGUGCCUCGACGGGCGCGACUUUAUCCGGCGCAGCAUCCAAAAGCAGGAGCAGAAGGAGCCGGCAGCCAUCUCGCGCGCACCCCCGCAGCGGCUCAUCGACGACUUUGUCAUGAACCUGCCCGCGUCGGCGCUCGAGUUCCUCGAUGCCUUCCGGGGCGCAUACAGACCCAUCGCCGGGCCCGAACUGGACGCCGAGGUAGCCCGGCGCGCCUCCGAAGAGGGCACGGCGGCCUGGCCCAUGGUGCAUGUCCACUGCUUCACAAAGGACCUCGAGCGGCCCCACGAGGACAUCUGCGCGCGCGCAAGCCACAUCCUCGGCCUUGGCGAUGGGCCACGCCGCCUCCUCAGCCUGCACUACGUGCGUGCCGUGGCGCCCAACAAGGACAUGUACUGCCUCUCCUUCCGUCUCACGCCCUCGAUUCUCUUUGACGAGGCAUGA